GGAAAGAACGAAGAGAUAGAGAUAGAGAUAGAGAGAGAGAGAGAGAGAGAGAGAGAGAGAGAGAGAGAGAGAGAGAGAGAGAGAGAGACAGAGAGAGAGAGAUAGAGAUAAAGAGAGAGAGUUGUGACGCAGUGCAGAGAAAGUGGACGGAAGGUGGAUUGUGUCUAAUAGAAAUGAAAAGCUUCCUCAGACUAUAGGAAGUGAGACAGGGAGGAAAGGAGGAGGAGGAGGAGGAGGAGGAGGAGGAGGAGGAGGAGGAGGAGGAGGAGGAGGAGGAGUUAGUGGAGAAAGAGAGGUGGAGGACGAGGCGGAGGAAGAAGAGGAGGAGGACGAAGACAAAAGAGAAAGAUAGCAUUAAUAUAGAGAACAGCAAAUAGGAGUAAGAGGAGGAGGAGGAGGAGGAGGAGGAGGAGGAGGAGGAGGAGGAGGAGGAGGAGGAGGAGGAGGAGAAGUGGGAGGAGGUGAGACAACAAAAUACAAAAGGAAAAGGAAGUGCGCGAGUGUCAGGAAAAGAGAGACACUUCUGAGGUGAAGAAGCAAACUGGACGAGGGAACUUUUACCCAAAACACAAAGAAAAAGAAAGAAACAGACACAGAAACAAGAGAGGAAGGAGAAAAGAAAAAGAAGAAGAAGAGGAAGGAGAAGAAGAAGAAGAAGAAGAAGAAGAAGAAGAAGAAGAAGAAGAAGAAGAAGAAGGGGAGAAGGGUACAUAAUUUUCUUCAAUAAACGGAGCGUCUUCGGGGCGCUAAAAUUUUCCAAUAUGGAGUCGUAGACGGAGGAUGCUCGCCAACAGCAUGGAACAAAAUGAAUGGAAAGUUCCUCCCGACAACACGGUCCAAGUGGUGGACCCUAUGGGCAUGAAUGAGAGCUGGGUAGAGUAUCUUGAAUAUCUGCGGAAGAAGGAGAAGCCUGAAGGUCCCAAGAGAAACUGGAUAGGCAUCUUUAUCUCACUGGGCAUCAUCAGCUUCGUGCUCAUCAUGGUCACCAUCGCCACCUUCAUCGUGGGAGAUCCGCCGCCGCUGUUCUACGGGCGGCGCAUCGUCAUCACAGACCUCCAAGACCCCGAGCUCAUGGCCUCGCCUAUGGGCACGCAGUGGGUGGCAGAUGACCAGCUGGCGUACUUGUCAGAGGGGCAAGGGAUACGCAUGCUCAACACACGCUCCAGGCUCAACAUCACCCUCGUCACCAAUAUUGCUCUGCACCAGACGGGCGCCGAGGAAUUCUUUGUGUCGUCUGAUCUUCGCUACGUGCUGCUCGUGCAUGACGUCAUCAAGGGUCGCCUGUACACGCGGACGGCAGAGUACAGCAUCUACGACAUCACCACAGACCACUACUACCCACUCAAGCUCUGGCGCCAUGACGUGGAGCAGCCGAGGUUCCAGCACGUGGCCUGGGUGGGCAAUACCGGGUCCGCGAUGGUGGUGGUGCACGAGGCUAACUUGUACCUGCUCCCGGGGCCCAACAUGAACCCUGUCACGCUGACCAACGAUGCCAAGCCAGACCUGCUAUACAACGGUGUUCCUGAUAUACUCUAUGAGGAGAUCUUGGGCCGAAACAACGCAGUGUGGCCGAGUCCUACAGGCGAGUACCUCAUUGCUGCGUCCUUCAACGAGUCAGGAGUCAGGGAGCUGCCCGUCCUGGUGUACUCAGAGAACGUGUACCCGACCAUACACAACCUGCGAUACCCGACAGUCAACACGCCCAUUCCUGAGGUGUGGCUGUGGGUUUACGACCUUAAAAGUCACGAAAUACCACGACCAAGAACUCGAUUAGUGCCUCCUGAACCCAUCACUCGGUCUCAUUACUUGGUCAGUGUGGGCUGGGUGAAUGGGUCAACAGCGUGGGUGUCGUGGGCGUCGAGGGACCAGAGCACUGCAGUCCUGGCCACCUGCGACAACUCUACCUGGAACUGCUCCCUGGUCCAUGUGAACCACAAGGAGGGCGGUGGCGUGUCCCCUGUGGUUGGGUCAGUGGUGUGGGCUGGCAGCUGGGCCGUCUUCCCCUGGUCAGUCAAAACCCUAUCGGGCGCCUGGCACAACCACGUGGCUCUAGUGGGUGCCAAAGAGGGCCGCCACGCUCCCCUCACCCUGGAGGACUACGACGUGACGGAGGUGCUCGGGUAUGACACCAACAGGAGCCUCGUCUACUUCAGAGGUUCGGUGCUGCAGAAUGGCGCGGGCAGGCAGCAGGUGUACAGCGUGCAGAUGGAGGAUCAGAAGGUGGCGUGUGUUACCUGCCAACUGGGCUGCCCCUACGUGGAGGCCAACCCCAACCCCGCCCUCACCUACAUGGUGGUGACCUGCCUGGGCACCGACCUGCCCUCCUCACACCUCCUGCGCCUUGCCACUAACAAAACACGCGCCUUCUCCACGCCCCUCCACAAGCAGGAACACUUGAGGUUAGCCCUCAAGGAUCUCGCCCUCCCUAUAGUGAACUCCUUCGAUGUGGCCCUGGAGCCCGCCCUGCACGCCGCCGUCACCCUCACAUUGCCCCCGGGGUGGUCCAACCAAGAUGACACGCUUCUCUACCCGAUGGUCGUGCAGAUGAUCGGGCCGGGCGAGAAGGACGUGGAGGAGCAGCUGUGGCACCUGGGCUGGCGGGAGUAUCUGUCAUCGGGCCACCAGGUCGCCCACGCCAAGGUGCAGCUGUGGGGCGGCGACCCGUCCACGAGGGCCUCCACCCACACCCUGGCCAUGCACCAGGCGAAGGUGGUCAGGAAGAUGCUAGAGCAGUUUGACUUCCUGGACGGUGACAACGUGGCUGUGUGGGGGUGGGGUUCCGGCGCCUCCCUCGCCCUGGACGCCGCCGCACUGGAGCCUUCCCUCAUCAAGUGUGUGGCCGCCGUCAACCCCGUAGUCGACUGGCGCGCUCACGGCUCGUUCUGGGCGGAGCGGCUUCUGGGGUCGUCCACCAGUGAAGGGUCAGGACGCCGAUACGAGGACAGCGAUCUGACCCGCCUGGCGCCUUCACUCGGCAAAGGGCGAGUUCUGUUAGCACACGGCACCCGAGACCCCGCAGCCCACCACGCCUUCCUGCUGGCCCACGCCCUCAUCUCCAGCGAGACUUACUUCACCCAUGUGCCUUGGCUUGCAUCCUCAACUACUCCCAAGCACACACACGCCUGCCGCCCUUGUCUUACCCGCGCCAUCCAUCACUCUCCCGCUGUAGGUGUACCCGGACCUAAGUUACCCGCUGUCCAUGGUUCGCCUCCAUCUGUACGAGGAGUUGGACCACUUCCUCCUGCAGAAGAGUUGUGUGGGUCGCCCCCUCGAGAGGAAAGUCACUCUCGAUUGGGUCUAACUUAUUAUUUCUCCUGCCGCGCCGCCACCCACCACCAAGAGGUCUGCGUCAAGAACACGAGGUCUACACUGACGACGACUACAUGCUGGACCUCAACCGCUACCAUCUCAUCAAUGCCUUCACCGAAUUCUUUUUCACCUGGCUCCACGACCCCCUUACCUACGAGCUGCAGGAGGCCUGAGUCACCACGCCCACGCACCCAAUCGGCCUGCCAGCGUGCCCCAAAGGAAAGUUCUGAGUGUCUACCUACCUCAACGCCUCCGCCUGCGCGUUGUCUCAGGUGGACGUUCGUGAUACAGUAGAAGAAUGGAAGAUUAGUAUUACUUGUAGAUGUGUAGGAAGGACCUGUUUUGUAAUCCAGAGACGAAGAAAACAUAAGCCAGAUCGCACACACACGUACCAACCAACGUAAGGUAAACCAAACUAAAAGAUGUCUCCGAUUGUCUCGUCUCGCGGCCAGGAGCAAGUGUGGCGUCUCAUCUCCAAUGCGGACUGUUCUUUGAUCACUUCUCGUCCUUCCCUAAAUUUUCUACUGUGUAUAUAUUUGUGCUCACAGUCUAGUAUUUAUUUGAAUUUCUUUGGUUUUCUAAGAGAGAGAGAGAGAGAGAGAGUGUGUGUGUGUGUGUGUGUGUGUGCUGUUUCGGGUUCCCUUGAAGCAGUGUGAAUCAUGUAAAUACGUAACACUGUUGUUCGCUCUGGUUGUUCAGAGUCUCACAAUUAGCUGAUAAAAUAGAUAACAAAGAAUAAAAUGUAUGAGAAGUUUUCCUUAGAAGUGCAGUAAACAUACGCUUAGAUAUGAAAGGAGCGAACUUGACACAUGUACAUACUAAAGAUAGCAUUCCUCUAGUGUAUCUAUUUUUCUCUUGUAACUCAUUCCUGACUAGCCAGAUUAGUGACUUUGUAUACACAUAUAUAUAUUUUCUUCCUCUCACAUUCAACAGAUCGAAAGUCUCUCGGGGAACGUGUAGAAGCACUUACUACACUCCACGUUACAAGCCUCCCUGUAGCCUACGUACACUCUCUCGUCUUGGCCUUCACUGCACAUCACUCCUUGUUGACUUCUAUACAUUGUUACUCGCCUGUGUGUGUGUGUUGUGUGUGUGUGUGUGUGUGUGUGUGUGUGUGUGUGUGUGAAACUUCUCUAUUUCAUGUCAUCAUACACACAAUCCCAGGUCAAUUCGUAAGGAUAAUAACAAUAAUAGAAAAAGAAAAAAACAACAACAACAGAUAGGUCUCUUAUGAUGUCAAUUUUUCGUUUUAUCGUAACCCACAUUACCUGACGCAUCUCAGCCACUGCUACUACUACUACUACUACUACUACUACUACUACUACUACUACUACUACUACUACUACUAUUUCUAUACCACGGUUUGAAAUUACAGUAAUACCAAAGAUUUUACCACUUCAGAAGGCCGAACAAGAACAGACUGACUGGUUGAUUGAAAUAUCUUCAGGCUCCACAAGAGAGAGAGAGAGAGAGAGAGAGAGAGAGAGAGAGAGAGAGAGAGAGAAAUAAUGAUAUAUGCUAUCUUUUCCAUCCUGUUUCAACACCGGGAAAAAAUUGACCUUUGUGUGUGUGUGUGUGUGUGUGUGUGUGUGUGUGUUUGUGUGUGUGUUACUGUACUUAGAAACUAUAUGUUUGAUCUGUUAAAAGUAAAGUUUCAAGCAAUACUCGGUAAGCAUUCCUCACAGCUUACUUUUGGCUUUCAUCUCAGAAAGCUUCGCCUCUGUUGCGUGCCCUUAUCACUGAU